AAAGGUGGUGGUUUAUGAAUAUUCAGCCUUAUUAAGUAAUUAUCUGAUCAGUCUGACAUCUGUCGGCGUUAUCUCUGCCAAGAUCAAUGCGAACGGUUAUGCAAUGCCUUUCACCGUUAUCGAUUAUUUGGGAUGUGUAGUCAUGCGCAUCGGCUUUGCCAGUGUGAAGUUAAAGAACGGACUGCAUUUCCCGGCAGGCUUCGCGGCUCACCGCCUCGGCAGUUCCCACAGUGGAUGUAGUUCGCUCGACUUGCUUUAUGCUUUAGGAUUCAGUUCAUUAAUAAGUGAAGAGUUGGAUGUCAUGGCGGAGUCUGCAGCGUGUCCAGCUUUCCGGCUCGGGAGUCCGCAGUAUGAGCAGAAUACGUUUCUUGGCCGUCUGAGACAUUUUAUCGACAUCAUUGACCCCAGCACCCUGUUUGUGUCUGAGAGGCGAUUAAAAGAAUGCAUCAAACUUCUUGAUGACUAUAAACACGGCACGCUUCCACCUGGAGUUUCUGAUCUUCAGUUGUGGGAGGCUCAGAAGAUCAAACAGGCCAUCAUUCACCCUGACACAGGUGAGAAGAUCUUCAUGCCAUUUCGAAUGUCAGGUUAUGUACCAUUUGGAACACCAAUCGUCAUUGGCCUCCUUCUCCCAAACCAGACUGUGGUGUCUACCAUUAUUUGGCAGUGGCUGAACCAGAGUCACAAUGCCUGUGUGAACUAUGCCAACCGCAAUGCAACCAAGCCGGCUUCAACUUCCAAGUUUCUCCUUGGUUACGCAGGAGCCGUUACCAGCGCCGUUUCUAUUGCAGUGGGACUGAAUGUGCUGAUUCAGCGCGCCAACAGGCUAAGUCCUGCAACCAGAAUGAUUGUGCAGAGAUUUGUCCCCUUCACAGCCGUAGCGAGUGCAAACAUUUGUAAUGUGGGUCUGAUGAGGCACAAUGAGUUGUCUGAAGGUGUGGAUGUGCUGGAUGACAAAGGCAACGUGGUGGGAUCCUCGAAAAUCGCUGCGAGAAACGCAAUCAUGGAGACAGCCUUCACACGUGUGGUCCUUCCAAUGCCAAUCUUUGUCCUGCCCCCCAUCAUCAUGUCCUACCUUGAGAGGCUGCGCUUCCUGCAGAGCAACCGCAGAUUGUUGCUUCCCAUCCACAGUGCCGUGUGCCUGCUGACAUUCGCCGUCUCCCUGCCCGUGGCCAUCAGCUUGUUCCCCCAGAUGUCUCAGAUUGAGGUGUCUCGCCUUGAGCCUGAGAUCGCCAUGGCGACCAAAUGCAAGGUGGUGACCUACAACAAGGGCUUAUGAAGGAUGGCACAGCAUGAACAAGAAGAGGACGGCGAACAGGGAUGAAAAAAAUUCUGUCCUGAGAAUAACUGUCACCAAGAAGCCAUGGUGGGAUUAAUGGGAACUAUGUGCUGCUGUGUUUUCACAGUACAGAAUGGAAUCCCUGUUCUUACUCACUAAAUCUGUUCAGUUAGUUUUCACAAGAUCCCAGCAAUUAUCCAGCCUCAGUCUGGUUAGUGCUUGAAAAGACCAGACCUUGCAUUCAGCAAAAAAUGCAAAUGUUUCUAUGUGAUUUAAUUCAUGAACUAAACAGAAUACAGUGUUGAAAAUCAAACCUGCCAAGUAUAAUCAGGAUUAACUGUAACCUAAUGUGUAACCGCAUAGAAUUCUGCAGAUGUGGAGCCAAAGCUGGUCUGAGACGUGUCUUUGAAUGGUUUCUACAGUAACACACACUCACUAAUAGCUUGUUAGUGGUCGCACACACAGUUAGAAUACCUCAGCUGUCUCUGAAAAACAGCAAAGAAGUGCAGAGCUCUUUAGACAGCUAUAGAAGCUGCAGCUCCAGGUGCUAAUUCUCUCCUCACAUGCAUGAAGGGGUUCUACUGUGUGGUUCUUCACAGCGGAGCGUGCAGGUUUCUUCUGCCCUUUGCUUCCUCUGUUCUGCGUCAGCCCGGCUUCUCCUUCGUCCUGCCACAGAGAAAUCGAGGCAGGAAGGAUUUAUAGAAGACCUGUGAGAAAAUCCUUUGUGACACUCAUCUGAGAGGCGUGACACAUUUGAUGUCACACUUGGGGAAUGGAGUUAGAGCGAAAGCAGGAGAUGUCAAAGUCGCUUCAGAUCACCAGACAGGGAUCGCAAAAAGAAGAAGAAAAAGACAGAACGGUCAGCUUUAAAGGAUUUGACAGAUGUUGGACUUCAACUUUUAUCAAAGUGCUUUUGGUUUGUUGAGUGCCUGCUGCCUCCGUUUCACUUUUAUGGCUCAUGUGAAGAGAAAGACAACAGAAUGACAGAAUGAUUUGAUUUGUAAGAAAAGAAACAAGAAAUCUACAUGGAUGUGAGAUCACAUUUAGGGCCAUCUUGUUUGCAUAUCAUAAAAAUCUUUCUUUGGUAGAACCAAAUGGAAAUAUGCCCCUAAGUGGAAAAAAAAUUAAAUUAAUGCUGAAAUGAUUGUUGCUCCAGAAACUAAGACAUUUACAUUACAGACUUAUUCUAUGUCCAGAGGCUAAAACUGUUUCCUAAAGAUGGUUUGUAGUGUGAUUUGGUAAAAGCUCCCAGUUCAUCCACAUGUCAUGUCCCUAGCAGCUGGUUGACAGGGGUAGAUAAGGGUGUUUGAUGAAACCAGCUUUUUUCUUAUCUAUUUUUAAAUCUAUUUUUUAUUAGAAACCACCUCUAUUGUGCCAGGAAGUGUUGAAUUUGUUUUGUAAAGAUUUGAAUUUUGGCACCCUCUGGUGGACUUUCUUUUUUUAAUUAUCUGACUUGAACGUUGACGGAUCUCAUACAGCCUCCUGGGUCGUGUUUAUGUGCAGCAGCUGGUUUAGGUUUCUAAGCAUUCCUGCAGUUUUAGAGACUUCCUGUGAAGAAUGAAUGGGAUCAGCUGAGGGACAGCUGUGCAGAUUUGAAGCAUUUCUCUGUUUUAUGCGUUAUAACAUACAGAUUCCUUUUUUUUAAAUGUGUAAAGGCCUAACGUGUAUUAGGGAUAGUUUUCUGCACAACUUACUUGGUGGAAUUAUAAACUGAAUAUUUUCUUUUGUACAUCGUGUUAGACAAGGUCAUGACCCACUGUAUAAAGAACUAAAGUACUUAUUUUUAAUCCUUUAUAAAAUGAUAUUAUUGCUAAUAAAGUAGUGUACAUUUUGCCUUGUCAAAGUUUACAAGGCUGAUUUAUAUACAUUGUUCUUCAAUAAAUUCUAAUCAUGUUA